UUUCCAUUUCAGGCUCCCGGCACGAGGGACAAUCCCUGGGCGGAGAAGUCGGCACCGCCUCCUUCCUCUUUCUUCGGAGGAACAUGGCUGCAGCCGCCGUCUGCUCGGCCGUGAAGAUUGGAAUUAUUGGAGGGACGGGUCUGGAUGAUCCUGAGAUACUAGAAGGUCGAGCAGAGAAAUACAUUGAUACACCGUAUGGAAAGCCAUCAGAUGCACUGAUUUCAGGAAAGAUAAAAAACGUUGACUGUGUGCUUCUGUACAGGCAUGGGAGACAUCAUUCUAUUAUGCCAACAAAUAUCAAUUUCCGUGCCAAUAUGUGGGCACUAAAGGAAGAAGGUUGUACCCAUCUGCUAGUGACUACUGCCUGUGGUUCAUUAAGAGAAGAGAUUCAGCCAGGAGAUCUUGUUAUAAUUGACCAGUUCAUAGACCGGACAACGAAAAGGCAUCUCACUUUCUAUGAUGGGACUUAUUCCUGCCUUCCGGGAGUGUGCCACGUUUCUAUGGCAGAACCUUUCUGUGCCAAAACUAGAGAAGUUCUCCUGGAUGUUGCCAAAAAGCUUGGAAUCAAGUGUCACUCAAAGGGGACAGUAAUUACAGUUGAGGGGCCACGUUUCAGUUCCCGGGCAGAAAGCUUGAUGUUUCGCAGCUGGGGAGCUGAUGUUAUCAAUAUGACAACAGUCCCAGAAGUGAUUCUGGCAAAGGAGGCGGGAAUCUGCUAUGCCAGUAUUGCCAUGGCAACAGAUUAUGACUGCUGGAAAGAACAUGAAGAAACGGUUUCAGUGGACAAAGUUCUAAAGAUUUUGAAGGAGAAUGCAAAUAAAGCAACUAGCCUGCUGCUUACUGCCAUACCUCUGAUUGGAUCCAUGGACUGGGGAGAAACUCAUCAGAGCUUAAAAAAUACUGUGCAGUUGUCCGUUAUGCUACCAAAACAUUAAAAACCUAGCAAGAUACGGUCUUCAGGAUCACAAAACAGACAUGUUUACUUUUAAAGAAUGCAGUUAAUAGAUGCAACAUUUUCCACUCCCAUCUGCUAAUAUGCUUCUUGUUUUGGAAUAAGAUCUUGCAGAGGCUGAAGAACAGAAUAUCCACAGCAGACUGAAAAGUCAUCAAUUCUAAAAACUGACAUUUCACAGACUAUGAACAUAAUAGCAAAUACUUGAUCAUCAUGCUCCAUAGAUGUGAGAGAGGU